AUGCGACUAUAUGCUAUUAACAAUCACAUUGCUGAUUGGCGUGUCACGGUAACAAUUCCAGCAAUUGUCAUUAUCUUAAGUGAAGCUCUCGUAUGUGGUAUCCAUCCAUUUCCUUACGAUAACAAACCAUCAUCAAUAUCUUCAUUGUUAAAUAAUUCUGGUGGGAUUCAAAUGUUUCUUACAUUGCCAAUGUUUGCUCGUCUCUAUCUCAUUGCACGUAGUGUAACAUUGCAUUCACCACUGGUGAGUGCAGCUUCAUCGCGUACCAUUGGCUAUCUCAAUCGAGUUCCAAUAACCAUUUCGUUUAUCCUUCGAGCCUUGCUACAAACCUAUCCAGCUCUCAGUUGGACAUUUGUCAUGAUAGUAACGUUACUUAUCGCUACUUGGUCAUUGCGUGUAUGUGAAAAAGCAAUGUGGUGGCCGAUAAAUCCGUUAUUAUCACAAUCGACCGAAUCUACAUCGACAUUCAGCAGUGCAAUAUGGCUCACAAUAGUAACAUUUACAACUGUCGGUCAGUAG